AUGGCGUGGUCAAAGUCAACCCGUAUCAUCAUCAUGUUAUCCAUUGACAUCUUAUUUCUAAUAGUUGAGAUGGCUAUCGGUGUUGCCGUCGGCUCAUUGGCGUUGGUAGCCGAUGCUUUCCACAUGCUGAACGACGUGAUUUCCCUCGCAGUAGGUUUGUGGGCUGUAUUGGUCGCACAAAAAUCAUCCACUGACAAGUAUACAUUUGGGUAUCUUCGAGCCGAAAUACUGGGCGCAUUUUUCAACGCCGUUUUCCUAAUAGCCCUCUGUCUGUCAAUUGUACUCGAAGCACUACCCCGACUAGUCAACCCUCCGGAAAUCCAAAGUCCUAAACUCAUUCUAAUUGUAGGCUGCCUUGGACUUGCCUCCAACAUUGUUGGCUUUUUCAUCUUGGGAUCGCAUGGUCACUCUCAUGGUCACAAGGAGGAUGAUCAUGCCCACGACACAGAGUCAGCUGGAAAUUCCCAUGCACACGAUGGUAACUUCAACACAACAAACGAGGAGGUUAAUUUAAAGCCUGCAAGUCGUACACAACCCCUUGAUACAAAACACGCCCUUGGAUGCCAUGGCUCGCGUCCGUACCCCUCUAAGAAAGAAGAUGAACCAUCGGUAGAGGGUCUAUUAUCUACCCACCAGCACCAAAAGAGUAACAGCAUUUCAAAAGGGAGUCGAUCAAAACAGGGUGACUUCGUCAUUCAUCCUGCUAGUUUUCGACGAAAUAUCAUUGCAGCUAGCCGUCCUUUACUUGAUGGGACAUCGAGUGAUGCGAGCAUAUCAUCUGAUGACGAGGAAGAGACCCAAGUAGCUGAAACCCGUCCUUUACUCCAAAACUCAACAGAAAAUAAUCCUAGGAAUCACGGUAAACAUAGAGGUCAAGAUUCCUGGCAUCAUGGGCAUAAACACCGACUACCCAAGCAAUCCAAGAAAGGUUCUCAUCACCACCAUGACCUUGGAAUGAACGCCAUUGUUCUACAUGUUAUUGGUGACGCUCUGGGUAAUGUUGGAGUAAUCAUUUCAGCCCUGGUUAUCUGGCUGACAGACUAUCCGGGACGCUAUUUUGCCGACCCAGCUGUCUCUCUCUUCAUCACCCUCAUUAUCCUGCGAUCGACUAUCCCUUUGACUAUAGCAACAGCCAAAAUACUUCUUCAGGCGACCCCAGAUCAUAUAGAAGUUCAUGACAUCAAAGAUGAUAUCCAAGCGUUACCGGGUGUUGUUGGAUGCCAUCAUAUUCACAUAUGGCAGUUGAGCGAUACUCAAAUAGUAGCAUCAAUGCACAUACAGCUUGAUUUCUCUAUCAGUGAGACUUCAGAACAAAAGUACAUGGAUAUAGCUCGAGCAGUUCGAAUAUGUUUACAUGCCUACGGUAUCCACAGUGCUACUAUCCAGCCUGAGUUUUGCCUCGUUCAGGAACAUGCUCACGGCCCAGAUCGGAGCAAAAUAAUCGGGCUAGGUGGGUAUGACGGACAGGUUGCAUGUCUCCUUGACGAUAAUACCUGCUUAAUAGAGUGUGUCGAGAAUUGUCAGGGAAAACCAUGCUGCAGUCCCAAAGCUAGUCCUCAGUAG